CUCGAUGAAAACCUUGAAAUAAAAAACACAGAAUGCGAGUGUCCUCGCGGCGAGUUCAAGUGCAGUCACGCGGCAGCCAUAUUUAUUUAUGGCAUCCAUAACCUUAGCAGGACGGACCUGGAAUGCCAAUGGAAACGAAAGCGAAAGGCAGAAAGCGUACAGUCUGCAAGCCAGAUGUUUCCAGCGCCACCGAAGAAGAAGGAUUACAGCCCUUUGGCGCGCGAUCCUAGCCGAGAAGAUCGGAUGUGGCUGUACAGCGAACUAAAGCGCUAUGGCAAAUUUACAGGGACCUGCUGGAUCUUGAGUCCCGAACCACAACCUGCUACCCCUCUCCCGAUCAAGACGAUUGAGGAUAUCAUUUACUCAGAAGGUUUCCUUAUGGCAUCUACGAAGGAAAAACAAUUAGAGUACUUGAUUGAGAAUGCCAAAGUAGAGGAGAGAACCAUAAAUGUUGUGAGCACCCUCACGGCUGGCCAGCGAAACAGCCCUGCAUGGCACCAAGCUCGUAGAGGCCGCCUGACUGCCAGUAAUUUUGGCUCCGUCCUCCAGGCAAAAAGAGUUACACCGUCUCUUAUCAAGCGACUACUUGGGGAAUACAACUUGAGUGGAGUUAAAGCAAUUGCAUGGGGACAGGACAAUGAGACUGAGGCCCUGAAAUCCUUCACCAACAUCACAAACUUUACACCUGUACAGACCGGCCUUUGGCUACACGAGUCGGGAGUUCUGGGUGCUUCCCCUGAUGGACUUGUGGGAGACGACUCGGUGAUUGAGUGUAAGUGCCCCUACACACAUCGAAAUGCGACAAUCAAGGAAGCUUGUGGGCACAAAGACUUUUACUUGGAGGAGAAGGAAGGGAAUUAUACGCUGUCUACCACACAUGUUUACUGGCAUCAGUGUCAAGGCCAGAUGUUCCUGACAAAGCGCAAAUUCUGCUACUUUGUUGUAUGGACCACAAAGGAUAGUGUAGUUAUCAAGAUUGAACGAGAUGAAUCUUGGGAGCACAAUAUUACUAUCUUGAGUGAUUUUUACUUUCAUCAACUAUUCCCAAAGAUUACCGAGGGAGAACUUUGAAAAGUGGUGCACAGAUGCUGGACAUAAUCAGAGUGGG